GUGAUAGCAUAGAGUUUAACAACAACCACUAAACAAUUAUCUUCAGCAAAGAUAAUGGCUGCAAUUAAAAAGGACCAACCAAUUUCAUGUAACUGAGACAAACUUAUCGCUGUGAGAGACAGAGAGAGGGAGAAGGGAAGAGUGAAAAUGAGCAUAAUGAAGAAUUUCUUGAAUGUGAUACUUAUCCUUUGUGUAUGUCUAAAUUGGUGUUUUACCGAAGGAGCUGAAGAAAAAGAGAGUGGAAAGGUUGAUUCCUACACCUUUCAAGUCAGCUCUCUAUUUCCUUCAUCAUCAUCAUCUUGUACCCCUUCUUCAAAAGCAUCUAAUAAAAAAUCGUCGCUUCCCGUGGUGCAUAUGCACGGCGCGUGCUCGCAUCUUAGCAGCAACAAAGAUGCAAGGCUCGACCAUGACGAAAUCCUCAGACGUGAUCAAGCACGCGUGAAGUCCAUCCACUCCAAACUGUCGAAGAAUAACGCAGAUGGAGUCAGCAUGACCAAGUCAACUGAGCUACCGGCUAAAGACGGAACCACAAUCGGUUCAGCAAACUACAUCGUAACAAUAGGAAUCGGGACACCGAAGCACGAUGUAUCGCUGACCUUCGACACGGGAAGCGGUUUGACGUGGACUCAAUGCCAGCCAUGUCUUGAAAGCUGCUAUUCGCAACAGGAACCAAUUUUUAACCCUUCUACAUCUUCUUCUUACCAAAACGUCUCGUGCUCAUCUCCAAUGUGUGGAAACAACUCAAGUUGUAGUGGAAACAACUCAAGUUGUAACUCGGGUACCAAUUGCAGAUACGGAAUCCGUUACGCAGAUGGAUCGGUUACUAUCGGAGUCCUCGCCAAGGAGAAAUUUACCCUAACGAACUCUGAUGUCUUGGAUAAUAUUUACUUUGGCUGCGGUGAAAACAACACAGGACUUUUCAACGGUGCUGCUGGGAUUCUCGGCCUUGGCCGUGGCAAACGCUCACUUCCGACGCAGACAGCAACAAUCUACAACAAUAUCUUCUCCUACUGCCUACCUUCUUCCGCAAGUAACACUGGCCAUCUUACCUUUGGAUCCGAUGGAAUCUCUGGAUCCGCUAAAUUCACCCCUUUUACUUCCUUCCCAAUCCCAUCCCUUUAUGGCAUUACUAUUGUUGGUAUCAGUGUAGGCGACAAGAAGCUAGAGAUUACCCCAACCACAUUCUCGACGUACGGUGCUAUAAUAGACUCCGGAACCGUGAUCACUCGCCUCCCUACCAAGGUCUACGCGGAACUGAGAAGCGUGUUUAAAGAAAAGAUGUCGAGUUACAAGGCUACGUCGGGAAACGGUUAUUUUGACACAUGUUACGAUUUCACUGGCUUGGACACAAUUACAAUCCCCAAGAUUGCAUUCUUCUUUGCCGGCGGCACUGUCGUAGAUCUUCCUGGAAUAGGGAUUUUGUAUCCGUUGACGCGGUCUCAGGUUUGUUUGGCGUUUGCAGGGGAUAAUGAGCACAUUCCCGCCAUCUUUGGAAACGUUCAGCAAAAGACGAUGGAAAUUGUUUACGACGUGGCUGGUGGACGAGUCGGCUUUGCUCCCAAUGGUUGUAGCUAAUCAAACAAAACAGAACAAAAGAGAGUGUUAUGUAAUAUUGUAAUGUAGGGUUUAGCGCAUCAAUUAGCCUUAUCCCUUCAUCAAUUUCCCCCUAAAUAAAUAUAUGUAUAUGUGCAUGCCGCAAUUGCUUUUUUUUUUUAUUGUAUUUGUGUUCGAACUUUAAGUUGUUAUUGGAUCCGAGUUUUCAAUUGAUUUUAACGAA